AUGAAAAACUGCUACAAAGGAGAGAGAUGGCUGUGUGUUGAAGGGGUCUUAUUAAAGAAUAAUUUCAAUUGCGCAUUCCUCUUGGUUUACGGCGCUCAUAAUAGAGAUGAAAAAGUUGUUGUGUGGGAGGAGCUGAGCUAUAUUGCUGGGUUAUGCCAGGUCCCUUGCUGCUUCAUGGGGGACUUUAAUGAGAUUGUACAGGUGGAAGAAAGAAAAGGCACUGGUAACUUAACAGCAUCGGCUGAGGAUUUCAAGAACUGGAUACAAGAUAUGCACUUAGUGGACUUGCCGCUCAAUGACCGAAAGUAUACAUGGUUCAGAGGGUCUUCAUGUAGUCGGAUUGACAAAGUAAUGGUUAGUCUGGAAUGGAUUGAGGAGUUUCCAGAGACUCGCUUAAAGGGAGGCUCAAGGGGUUUGUCAGAUCAUUGUCUGAUGAUAGUGGAAGACACAAAGAUGCGUGGUGGUCUAAGACCGUUCAGAAGUCUAGACUCAUGGUUUACACAUGAAGAUUUUCUAAGAAUGGUCAAGGAGGAAUGUAGGGGGUUGGGGGAGAUAGAGUUCACAGAAAAAUUGAAAGCCUUGACAGCUCCUCUGGAAAGAUGGCACAAAGACAAUUUUGGGGAUAUGGAUAAGAAAAUUAAGAGGUUUGAGGAAGAGAUGAAGAAGGUAGAUGACUUGGUAAGUAGUGGGGUAUAUGAUGCAACACUAGAAGCAAGAAGGAAGGCGUUGGUGACUUGCUGCGAGAGAUGGGAUGGUUUGGUGGAUAUGAUAUCUGAAGAGGAUUCGGUGACUUUAGAAGUUUUGCCGUCAGUUGAAGAGAUUAGAGAGGCAGUGUGGGACUGUGAAUCAUCUAAAGCACCAGGAAGUGACGGAUACAACAUGAACUUCAUCAAGAAGUGUUGGGAUGAGAUUGGGGCUGAGUUUACAGCAGCUGUGACUGACUUUUUUCAGACAUCCAGACUACCUAAAGACUCUAAUGUCACAUGGGUGGCGCUGGCACCCAAGUUCGUUGGGGCUAAGGAAAUCAAAGACCUUCGCCCGAUCAGUAUGGUUGGAUGUGUAUACAAGGUGAUUUCAAAGGUGUUAGUUAGGAGGAUGAGAUCAGUGAUGCCAGGACUGGUUGGAGAGACUCAGAGUGCGUUUGUCAAGGAUCGUAAAAUACAUGAUGGGGCACUUAUUGCGUGUGAAACUGUGCAUUGGCUUAAAGAAAGGAAAAAGGAAGCGGCAAUAAUCAAACUGGAUUUUCAGAAGGUAUAUGAUAGAGUCAAGUGGAACUUUGUGGAUAUUGUCUUACAGAAGAUGGGGUUUGGGCGUAAAUGGCGGGAGUGGGUGAUGGAGUGUGUCGGCACAACUUCUAUAUCGGUUUUGGUAAACGGUUCACCCACAAAACCAUUCAAGAUAGAAAGAGGUUUGAGACAAGGUGAUCCACUUUCUCCCUUCUUAUUUGUUCUUGUCGUUGAUGUCCUACAUAGAAUGAUAGGUGAGGCUGUUAGAAACUGA